AAAUCAUAUAUUGAAAGUGAAUUGAAAUGUUGAGCACAAACUUUUCGGUAAUUGAUUACUUGGUAUUCGGCUUCUUAUUAGUCGCCUCCACUCUAAUUGGAGUAUACUUUUGGUGGACUACCAGAAAAAAUGCCACAAAUAGUGAAUUCUUGACGGGAGACCGAAAGUUGGGUGUAUUCCCGGUCACUCUAUCACUUGUGGCCAGUUUUAUGUCCACAAACACCAUAUUGGGAGCACCGGCCGAAGUGUUUCAAGUGGGCACUCAGUUUGUUCUCCAGAAUGUGUCUAUCGUUUUGUCCAUAUUUUUGGCGGCAGAAGUAUUUAUGCCUAUCUAUUAUAAACUGGAAGUCAUCAGUGUUCAUGAGUAUUUGUCCAAACGAUUUGAUGCUCAAUAUAUACGUUUGGCGGGAACUAUCGGCUUUUUGUUGGCUACGAUACCUUAUAUGGCAGUUGUAUUGUACGGUCCAUCUCUA